CGGCAGUGUCGGAGUCGGAGUUUAGUUACGUGUUGAAAUAUUGCUAACUGUGAAAAUUGUGCAAAUUAUUAUAAACAAUUAGCAAAAAGCAACUGGUCUCUGGCUGCCAUGAAGUUCCAUGCCAAGAUGCUGGACGUGCUCUACAUGCGCGAGUUUCAGGCGAUUGCCGCCACGUUGGCCAAGCUGGCCAAGGAAUGCGUCAUGCUAGUGGCACAGGAGCAAAUGCAUUUAAUUGUGAAUGAGGAGCAUUGCUCGACCUCAUCGCCGCUCGUGUGGGUCAGCAUCGCGUCCAAAGAUUAUUUUCCAGAAUACCAAAUGACGCCAGCACGUCCAGAACAUGAUCUCAUCGUGCUGGUUAUGUCCGCAAUGCAUCUCAGCCGCGCUCUUGCCGUCCUGCGGUCUGGCUCCAGCAGUAGCGUCCACAGCUGUAAGCUGGAGCUGAAGCAAAUACAAUUUCCCUGCAUCUCGGUGAUAGCAUCGGUGGUAUCACCUAAUUCCUCAGAGCCGCGUGAGGUGGUGCACGAUGUGCCCGUGACUGUGGUCCCGCCCAGCGAUUGGUCCUCAUAUAUGCUGCCCAAGGUGCCGAACACUCAAAUUGUGCUCGGCGUUCCAUCGCUUCGACUGCUGCGCAGUCUGAUUGAUAAGUUAAAAAACAUUUCGCCCAGUUUUAUAUUCCAUGGCAGCACAGCCGGCGAACUAAAUCUGGUAGCGGAAUCUGAAAUGGCUACAAUAACAACACGUUUCAGUCGACUGCUGCUGCACAAACCAGAUCAAGGACAGUCGGGUGCUGGAGCAGAGACUGAGUCGGAAAUUCGGUGCUCCGUGGACACACGAAAGGCAUCUGCAUUCUUCAAUGCACUCCAGUUGCCCAAUGAGGAAAUUAUGAUCGGCAUAGAUAGUGAACGUUGCAUCUGCCUGCAGCUGGACAUUCGCAGCAAUGUGGUUUUACAUUCCAUUCUGCCAGCAGUUUGUGCUGAAAUUUAAUAGUGGUUAAAAUGAACAAAAAUAAAACUUGUAUAUCGAUAGGCAUAUGUGCGUGCGCUAAAUAUCGAUAUGCAAAUGAGAAAGAAUAUCAUCGAUAA